GUCGUGGAGACAGUGGAGGAGAGAGGGAGAAAGUGUCUGAUUUGAGGUAGACCUGAUUUGACGGAGACGCGUCGCCUUCAUCCUUCUGCGUAAAGAAAAGGAAAGGGAAGAUAAUUGUUUCGGCUACUUUUCAAUGAACAGACAGACUUUUAAGGGAAAGUGGUGCAACUGGAUCAAGGCGGGCGACAGGAGCUCCUCUUACUGAAUUACUCCUUGGAUUGUAUCAGUGAGGAGGGGAGUUUUUUUCUGAUCCGAGCCCCUUUCGGAAAUGAGCCAGACGUUGGACGUGAAGGAAGGUGCCGGAAAGUGAUCCAAGAGGAAGAUGAUAUCUGCAGGAAUCACGCUGCUUUCAUCUCCUCUCUGAUUUCAUUCUUCUUCUUGUAGGGGGUGGCUGAUCUGUUACAUCCGAGCUUUUUAAAGCACCUUUUCAAAUUGUCACAUUUUCAUCCACCCACCGCACCUUGGCCGGUUGAUCCCAUUGUUCAAUCAAAAUUGAAAGGUCUUUUGUAAAAGCUCACAUUCAGCUGUGUUAUGGGAUGUUGGCUCCUGGUUUGUAAUUAAUUCAAAACAUUUUUUUUAUUUAUUUAUAUAUUUAUUUUCAAAUCUAAUUUGAUACAAUUGAGACCUGAACAUGGCCAUCAACACGGACACCGACUUCCUGAAGUCCAACCUAAGUGAGGGUGGAGGACACACUCAGCCUGCGGACCCCCACGAGACGGAGAAACUCCUGGCGCUGACCACCGAGCCCGGAGGAAAUGGGAUGAAGAUGUCCACCUCCUUCACCGUCAACAUGGACAGCGACAAGGGCCAGGAGGCCGACCUGAACGGCCACAGCGUCGCCGUGAGAUCGGGCUCCGCCGGGCAACUGGGCGCCGCCGCCCCUCUCUCCCCGUCCAAGGCCAGUCUGAGCCGCUCCUCCACCGGGAACGCCACCGUCCAUGAGACCCCGAAGCCCAAGGAUUACCUCAUCCUUGCCAUCCUGUCCUGCUUCUGCCCCGUCUGGCCCCUCAGCAUUGUCGCACUGGUGUACUCCAUCAUGUCCAGAAACAGUCUCCAGGUGGGAGAUAUUGAUGGGGCCAGGAGGCUGGGUCAACUGGCUCGUCUGCUCAGUAUCGUCUCCAUCGCCCUGGGCGUGGUCAUCAUCGUAAUCUUCGUCUCAGUUUCAGUAACCCAAUGACAUGGACGACCUGAGGGGGGAAAAAACUAACCGUGAAUGCCAAACCACGGAUGCAACAAAGAGGGGAAAAGCCCGAUGAAAAAAAAAAAAAAUACAAGAAACAAAAUUCUCAACUUUAUGCCAUAUUGUAAUUACAUCAUGACUGACCUCAGAAAGCAAAAGAAACAAAAAAAACAGGCAACUCAUGAGAGUAGGUACUGCAGCAAGUAAACAAAUAAAAACAUUCAGAGAAAAAAAUCAGAGAUGCAUGCAUUAGAAUCCAGUAACAUUUGCUUGACAAAAAUAAUGAAAACCUGAUGUAAAAUAGUUUGGGUUAAAACAGAGGAAAAAGAAAAUGCAGAUUUGUGUGUGGCCAGGAGGACUCGUGAAUGUUUAUUUUUGGAAUAAUGGACUUCUUAAAUGAAGAGGACGAUCUACGUGUGAGGAGAGAAUGAACAAUGGACGUUUCUAUGUCUGCGCUCCUUCGAAAAACAGAUUCUGAGUUUGGGCUUCAAACUUUCGGACAGCUGCAUAUAAUCCUCAUAUAUACCUUACUGAACCUCUUACAUUCAAAGCAUAUACAGCUACAAAUAUAUUUGAAAUAUGGAUAUAUGAAUACAUAUAUAUAUAUAUAUAUAUAUAGAUGUACAUUUUAUAAAAUGUUUGUAUGCCAAGUGGUGCUGGGUUUGUUAACACUGUCACGAUGGCUGCUUUGACAGCACUUGGAUUAUCAGUAGAAAUUCAAGGGUUUGUGAAAAGAGGCAGGGAACACAUUUUUUAUUUUUGUUAUCUAUUAUCAUUUUUUGAACUAAAAAAAACAAAUUGAGACCAACUGCAUGCCUGAAUGUAGAUAACCAACAUUCUGCCUUCUUUUUGACUGUUAUUAGUUGUCUCUUUUCUUAUAAAGGAGUCAGAGAGGCUGACAGGUUUGCACAUGGAAGUAAUAAUCAUGGAGUGAUUAUUAUUGUGUCCAUUAUGUGAGUCCAGCCACUGUAGAACGUGAGAGGGCUGAGAUCUAAACCCCUUUAUAUCUCCAAAAUCUUUUGAACCUUGCCUUGCUCUGGCAGAAUAAAACGCAUGCCAAAACUCCCUCCUACUUUUCCUUUCACAUCCUCCAGUUCUUUACCACAAAAACCUGAUUUAGUGGCUGCUGUCCUUCAUCUUGUUCCCGUAAACUCCAUUUUACAAAUUACCUUGUACUACCUUUCUACGCCAUAGCUCCCCAUUUUCCAUUAUCAUUCUUACAUUGUUGUACAUUGACUGUUACACGCCAUUGAUUCACUUCUGCUCCUUGUAUUGGUAUGAAAUGUAUUUAUAUGGGAAAAUAUAUAUGCAAUAUGUACGCAUGCUAUUGGCCAAGCCGGCUUCAAUACAUUUAUUUUUUGUAAAUGAACAGGCCCGAGUUUGACAGGACAUUUCUCUGAAAUCCAAGCACGACAGAUUGUCCCCUGUGGCUACAUAGGACUGUUGUAUUGACACAUUACUGGCUUAUGCUACAAGCACAGGUAACAUCACUAUGUAGCAAUUCUUUUUCAGCAUUGCUUCUUUCUUUUUUUUAAUCUUGUGCUAUUUUAAUCAGGAAUCAUUAGGACCUCAUUUUAAAGUGAUAUGUGUGUUUGUUUAAGGGCUCAUACAAGUGAAACUAGAGGAACACCAGCUCAUUUUAACUGAUGAGGGAUGAAAUGUAUCCAGCUGAAGAUAUUCUACCAAGUCCUUAAUUGAACAUCAUCAAUGUAAGGCUGAACAACUGCAAUCUUUAAAGUGUUAACACUAUAAUGCACAAUGUUUUGUGUGAAAUGGGCUUUUAUCAAUUCCAUUCAAAUUCAUAGUUGUACAUAAAAAUCAUAUUCCUUAUCCAAACAUCUGAAAGCAGCAAAAUCCAAAGAUUCCCCGUGUUUACUACCAAUCUUAAAAAAAGUGUUCUAUUACAUUACAAUGUGUAAUUUCUGUGGAUCACAUUGAGUGUAGUUUACCGCUCUUGUGUUACUAUAGAAGAUACAAAUUUCCCAUCACUGAACAUGGUUAGGAGCCAACUGUUUAGCGUAUAAGCUCUGCUCCGUCAGUAAAACAGUUCAAACCGCCAUUUAAUUUUGUUAUAUAACACGGUUUCUUUUCCAAUAUACUGUACGUGCCAGUUUUCAUCUCUGUUGUGUACAUUGUGCAUGUCCGGAAUAAAUGUUACCAUGCAUGGUCCAGGUU